CACGCACACCGGAGAGGCCGUGGCUCCGGAUUCACCUCAGCUCACUUCAGCACAGCACGGUCGAGUUAAAUCGGAACUUUUAGUUGCUCGGUUGUGCGGCGGGUGUCGGUAGAAUUGAUUUUUGUGUUUCUCGGUGUUUUGGGGGGUCGUGGGAAGUUUUUUCUGUAUUUAAUUGAUCGGUGUCGGUGUCACGGUUGGAGGUUUUUCAUCCUGAUGAACAAAAACAAAUCGUGAGAAGUGUUUGAUGUUUGUUUGAUGUUUGACGUCUGAACCGGACAGCCGGUGAAAGCGCAGCAGCAGAAGCAGCAGAAGUAGCAGCACCGGUAACGGAACAUUUACACCGAAAAAAAAACAAUCCAGUACAAGGACAGAAUAGAAAUACACACAUAAACACUUUCUCGUGCGUGAGCGUGUGUGUGUGUGUGUGCGCGCGCGCGUGUGUGCGCGUGUGGGAGCGACUAUGGAGGCUCGGUUCGGGCUAGGCAGAGUUUGCGACUCUCCGUACCGGACGGUGAUCCACAGCGGCCGAGGAGACACCGGCGCUCCGGGAGAACCCGCGCUCUGGGACGGUGAUUGGAAGCACGCGCGGGACGGGCGCUCCGGUGCUGGAGGAGCGCGAGGGCGCGUGAUCACCUCCUCGGAACCGACUUUGAGCGAGCUGCUGUGCUCGGACACCGGUCCGAGCGACGACAACAAUAACAGCAGCAGCAGGAGCAAAGCGCUACCGCAGAGACGGCGCGACACCGGGGAUGAACCGGUCGCGCAUGACUUGAGGGUGGCCGACGCGACCGCGACCACCACCACCACCACUACGAUCUCGGAGACGGCGCGAGAGCUGUGCAAAGCCGUGUCGGUGUCGCUCGGUCUGGCCAUGGAUGCGCACGUGCACGAGCGCGGGAUGCGUCGUGAGGAGGACGAGGUGGAGGACGCGCUGCACGGACGGGACAACGACAGGAGCUCAAGACUGGUCGAGAUGUUAAAAAGUGGCGGCGGCGGCAGACACGGCAGCACCGAGGAGGACUUCAUGAUGAUGAUGAUGCACAUGGACAACUGCGCGCAUCGCACCGUGUCCACGAGGGACGCGCAGAAUCCCGACUACGACAACGGACGCACUAUGGCGGGUCUCGUGCCUUUCAAAAGCAGCGGCGGUCACACCGGCUCAGAAACCGAGAGAGCUGAAAGCACCGUCUCGUCCUGCCAGUACGAACAACACCCGCACCACUUUUCCCUAAACUUCGCGCGUGCAGAGCCCUCCGUCGUGCGACUACCACCGGACGACCUGUCCACACCGGAGCACGAGCGCUACACCGACGAUUAUUACUACUGGCCGCGCUAUAACGUCCGUGUGAAGUCCGAGGCCACUGGGUCGCACAGCACCGUCCCGGAAUGCCCCUCAGCCCUGAGCAGGACCUGGAACCGGUACGGUCCCGGUGCGCAAUAUGGACCCCCAUCGUGCACCGUCGCGAGCGCGCACUCGCUGGACGCGCCGCUCAUCUGCAACCCGUACGAGUACAACCGGAGCGGAACCGGGCUCGGUACCGGCGCGCUGACCGCCGGCCCGCCCGAGCCCUGGUACCACGGAGCGGGCAUGCUGAGCCGAGUGCCCCCGUACCCCGGUGCGCCGUGCCUGAAGAACGAGGUCGGGGAAUGGCUGGACGUGACCUCGCUCACCGACGGCAGGUUGGAGGGCGCCAGGGAGGUGUUCCCCAUGGAGUUCUUCUUCCCGCCCCAGCGUACCUGCCUGAUCUGCUCGGACGAGGCGUCCGGGUGCCACUACGGCGCUCUGACCUGCGGCAGCUGCAAGGUGUUCUUCAAAAGAGCUGCCGAAGGAAAGCAGAAGUAUCUGUGUGCCAGCAGGAACGACUGCACCAUCGAUAAGCUGAGGAGGAAGAACUGCCCCUCCUGCCGCCUGAAGAAGUGUUUCGAGGCGGGCAUGACCCUCGGAGGUAAGGGUGGGUUUUUGGAAUCACGUGAUGUGACGGCGUGGUGGUGUGGUGGUGUGGUGGCGUGGUGGCGUGGCGACGUGCCCUUGUACCGGUGCUAGCGCGUCAGAUCUCAGGCGCUGACCGACGUGCCCGGACGGCGGGCGAGUUUUAGCGCUCUCAGACGAAACGUGUGAACGAGGGAGAUAAUUACACUCAGGGUUUUUGUUUAGUCUGGGUUAGCUGUUAGCUGUUAGCAUGAUAAGACAUGCAUGUGUGUGUGCUCGUGUGUGUGCGCGUGUGUGUGUGUCCUUGGCAAUGCUAAACGAUUUAGCCCUGAUUGAGCUUGUUACGCUAUUAUCUGUUACUAAAGUGAAUUCGAUCACAUCAAAGACACGAAAACGAAAGAAACUGCAGAAACCAACAGAAAUAAAUAAAAGACUGAACCUGCAGAUACAAGAAACACUCCAAUUAUUAAACACAAUUACUUUCAUUUACCUUAAUACAAAUAACAAGGUAAUAAAGAUUAUAUAUAAAUUAUAUAUAAUAAUAUUAUAUAAAAAUAUAAAUUACACACCAACAUUUUAAAAAAUUUAAUUCAUAGU